AUGGUUGUAUUUCAGUUAUUAAUAUCUAAAGGUUUCGAUAUAAACAAACUAAACUCAUCCAAUGAAACUCCACUGUAUUUAGCAGUUUGUAAAAGAAAUAAAGAGAUGGUGAAGUCAUUAAUUAAUUCAAAUUGUGACGUCAAUAUCAAAGAAGGUACCGUUUCGAAAUCAAUAUUAUCAGUGGCAAUACAAAUAGCAGAAACGACUAUUGCUAAAAUGCUGAUUAAAGCUGGUUGUGAUGUUAACAGCACUGAUAAAAAUGGCGUUACACCUUUAAUGGAAUGCGUAACAAAUGAUAACCAAUCUAUUACCGAAGUUUUAUUGAAGGCUGGUGCCAAUGUAAACCAUUGUGAUAAGAGCCGACAAACUCCAUUGAUGAAUGCAUAUCAUGCAAGUUAG